AUGUGUGUCCACUAUUAUGAUGUCAGGGAUCAUUAUGACACAACUACUGCAAAACUUUCAAAGCAUAUACAGAAUGGAAAAUUCAGUUGGAACAAUAUGCAUUUGGCAGUGCAGAGCUUGCAACAGAUCGAUGCCAAAUUUGGUCAAUCUGGCAACAGGGGGAAGCAAUACCAAUUUAAAAUGGGGGAACUCUUUGAUGAGACAUGCAGGAAGAAGUUAAUAGGGAUUCUAACAGGUGCAGGGGCUGUAUAUUUACUAUACAGAGCUAUCCGAUCAGGUCUGGUCACUCCGCAGGAGGAGGAUGAAGACCUGCUUAUUGACAAGUGUGGGAAUAGUACCUUGGACAGUAUUGGUGCUCUGGGAGAUCACUCCGUUCCACCAAGUUCUGUUUCAUCAAACUCUGUCAAGAUGACUCUUCAGGACCUGAAGAGCAUUUUGACUAUCCUUCAUGAAAGUAAAGAUCCUGUGAUUAGAGGAACGAUCUUAACCAGUAUUUAUCGCAUCCCUGGCUUUUCCGCUAACCAGGAGCUAUUCCGGUCCGAAGGCGGAAUUUCCAUCAUCGCCGAAUCGCUGGAUGAUCCCCUCAGCUACAUCAAGGCCAGCGCUGUGACAGUUUUCAACUUCCUCGGUAACGACCCUGUAAAUCGUGACUUGCUGGUGAAAUACAUCCCCCAGGUUCUGAAACUGACCACCUCCACAUUCCAAGAGUUCGAACAGCUGCCGUGCCUGAGGUUCCUCACCAAGAUGUCCCACAAUCACCGGAGCCAUUUCAUGCUGAAACAUGUCACCCCACACUUCUUCCACCUGCUGCAAACGGGAUCGUCCAGCAUCAAAUUCCAGGUGCUCCAGAUCCUCAUCAACUUCUCCACCAAUUUGGAGCUGACGUUUGACAUGCUCAAUGUCCCGGUUCAAGCUUCAUUCCUUUUCCUGUUCAACUAUUUCCAACGGCAGGAUGUCCUGAACGACCUCCUCUUGUUCAUUAGCAACCUGAACGACGUCAGGAGGAGCCUCCCCUACAGGUCUGGCAACCGUGAAUACUGCGAGGACUCGAUUUUUGUCCUGUUGUUUGGACCCAACUCACAGUUUUCAAGCAGGCUUAUCUAUUUAAUGGCUUUCCCCGAUGACAGAAUUAAACUGCAGGCUGCCCGGAUAGUCACAAACUUAGGGUGA